AUGCGUGGAACUUCCCGUGCAGCUCAGUUUCAUGCGUGUCUGCGUGGCACGGGGCUUAAGCUGCUCGCUGGUUACCUUUUCUCCUUGGCAUGGUACUGUAGUGGGAGCCUUGUGACGGCGAGAGGUGCCGGUCACUCAGGACCACCUUUGCGUUCGAGGGGAAAUGCUGGGGGGUCCUCUGAUCUGAUGCUUCUCGCAAUUCGCAAUUGCUUUUCCUUAGGCGGCAUUGAUUAUAUGCCAGAGGCGUUGGAUUCUGUUUGUUCUGGGGUCGCACGUGCGACAUGGAUGUACAUUUCUGUCCCACUGGUGCUCUAUGUUGGUGAAAGGAUGCUUAGAGCCUUGAGGUCAAAUGCUUAUACCGUAAAAAUUCUCAAGGUGUGUCUUCUACCUGGAAAUGUAUUGACCAUAACAAUGUCAAAGCCCUAUGGAUUUCGAUACAGAAGUGGACAGUACAUAUUUCUUCAAUGUCCAAUGAUUUCUCCAUUUGAAUGGCACCCUUUUUCCAUCACUUCAGCACCUGGAGAUGACUACCUCAGUGUUCACAUCCGAACAAAUGGUGACUGGACACAAGAGCUCAAGCGCAUAUUUGUCGAGAACUAUUUCUCACCACAUCUUAACAGAAGAGCUUCAUUUAGCGAGCUAGGUGCGCCAGAACCAAGAAGCUUGCCAAAAUUACUUGUAGAUGGUCCAUAUGGUGCCCCUGCACAGGACUUUAGAAACUACGAUGUUCUACUUCUUGUCGGCCUCGGAAUCGGGGCAACACCAUUCAUAAGCAUUCUAAGGGAUCUGCUUAAUAACAUUAAGAUAGCUGACGAGUUGAUGGACUUGGCAAUGGAGACUAGCAGGUCUGAAGACAGCGCCAACAGUUUUAGUGUCUCAACAGCGAGCAGCAACCGGAAGAGAGCAUACAGAACAAGCCGUGCACAUUUCUACUGGGUCACCCGAGAAGCCGGAUCAUUUGAAUGGUUCAAAGGGGUGAUGAAUGAGGUUGCAGAAAUGGACAAGAAGGGUGUCAUAGAGCUGCACAAUUACCUCACAAGUGUUUACGAGGAACGCGAUGCUCGGACAACUCUACUGUCCAUGGUGCAGGCUCUGAACCAUGCCAAGCACGGCGUCGAUAUCGUAUCAGGAACCAGGGUGAGGACACAUUUCGCCAGACCCAACUGGAAGGAAGUCUUCACCAGGAUUGCCUCCAAGCAUCCGAAUUCAACAGUUGGUGUGUUCUACUGCGGCGCACCGACGCUUGCCAAAGAGCUGAAGACUCUGUCGCACGAGAUGAGCCACAAGACGGGCACUCGCUUCCAUUUCCACAAGGAGUACUUCUGA